GUCGAGAUUAGAGGAAUUUGCGGGGUACAAGCUCUGAGGGGGAUGUGUACCAAAAUACCAUCUUCCUUCUCUCUUCGUAUCAAACAAGAACAAGUACACCAACAAAUGUCUCAAACACCAAGAUUGCCCUACUUCUCCUACUUGUCUUCAAUAAACCAGCAAAACAUAAUACUCCUUUCUUAGACUCCAAAAUGAGAAACAAUAACACCAAAGAUCACAACUUUCACCAAUUCUACUUCUUCCUUCUGAUUUCUCAGUUUCUUCUUCCAAUUCUUGCUAUACAAACUGAUACAAUCACCCCAACAAACCCUUUAACCAAAGAUCAAACAUUAAUAUCUGCCGGACAACUCUUUGAAUUAGGCUUUUUUACUCCAGUCGGUGCAAAUUCAGACAAAUGGUAUGUUGGAAUUUGGUACAAAGAAAUAGUAGUAGACAAGACUAUUGUUUGGGUAGCAAACAGAGCUAACCCUCUUUCAAGCUCAUCAACAUCAGUCCUGAAAAUUACGAAAACUGGCACCCUUCGUCUGGUCGAUGGUCAAACUGGGAAUUCCGUUUGGUCUUCGGACCAAACUCCGACAACCAACGUAGUAGCCCAACUCCUAGAUUCCGGGAACUUUGUCGUUCGACCGGAAAACGAUGAAACAGAACAGAGUUACACGUGGCAGAGCUUUGAUUAUCCAACAGACACUUUGUUACCUGGAAUGAAACUUGGGUGGGAUUCCAAAACUGGGCUGAACAGAAACAUAACGUCAUGGAAGACAUCAAUUGAUCCAGCUCCUGGAGAUUACACUUUCAAGAUUAACACUAAUGGUUUACCAGAAGCUUUCUUAACGGAUAAACAAGAAAUCAAAUACCGGAGUGGUGCUUGGAAUGGACUUAGAUUCAGCGGGGUCCCUGAAAUGAAGCCAAUUGAUAUUAUAACAUUUGAAUUUCAGUUCAAAUCAGAUGAAAUAUAUUACAUGUUUGAGUUACAUAACAAGACAUUGUAUUCCAGGUUGUUGGUGAAUCAUAGCGGUUUUCUUGAAAGAUACACGUGGAUUCCAACAAACAGUAUGUGGAAUCGAUUCUGGUAUGCACCAAAAGAUCAAUGUGAUGGUUUUAAAGUGUGUGGGGUAUCUGGAAUUUGUGAUACAAAUAAUUCACCAGUAUGUAAGUGUAUGGUAGGUUACAAGCCUAAUAAACAAGUGGCAUGGAAUUUGAGAGAUGGGUCUGGUGGGUGUGUUCGGUUUCAUAAAUUGGACUGUGAAACUGAUGAUUUUAACGAGUUGAAAAACAUGAAGUUGCCAGAUACAACGAGUUCUUUUGUGGAUAAAAAUAUGAACUUAUAUGAAUGUGAAGAUAUGUGUAGGAAGAAUUGUUCUUGUAUGGGGUAUACAAAUUCGAAUAUUACAGGAAGUGGGUCGGGUUGUGUGAUAUGGACCACCGAACUUGUUGAUAUGAGGCAAUAUGCGGCGGCGGAAGGUGGUCAAGUUCUUUACGUUAGGGUGGCUUCUUCUGACGCAGUGCAAAGUGGAGGUGUGGGAUCUGGAAACAGUUCUGGCAAGACAAAAACAAUUGCAAAAGCUGCUGGGAUUACAAUUGGUAUAGCUCUUGUGCUAUUUGGAGUAACCCUUUGCUUCUUAUCACAGAGAAGAAAGUAUCAAGGUUCAAUCCGAACUAAGUCUGCAAACAGAGGAACUAGUGAACGAAGUCAAGAACUUCUAAUGAAUGCAGCUAUUAUUCCAAGUAAAAGAGAUUUUUCCGGUGAAACUUCAACGGAGGAGUUUGAAUUGCCAUUAUUUGAUUUUGGCACCCUAGCUAUGGCUACAGACAAUUUUUCUGAUGCUACUAAGUUAGGGCAAGGUGGUUUUGGUUGUGUUUACAAGGCAAUGCUGGUUGAAGGUCAAGAAGUAGCAGUCAAAAGGCUCUCAAAGAACUCCGGCCAAGGAGUCGAGGAAUUUAAGAACGAGCUAAGAUUGAUUGCCAGGCUACAGCACAGAAAUCUAGUCCGGCUGCUUGGUUGCUGUGUCGAUAUGGAAGAGAAGAUGCUAAUCUACGAAUACCUGGAAAAUAAAAGUUUAGAUUCAAUUUUGUUCAAUAAACAAAAAAGCUCGCUGCUCAACUGGCAAAGGCGGUUCAAUAUUAUUUGCGGGAUUGCUCGGGGGCUUCUAUACCUUCACCAAGAUUCAAGAUUUAGGAUCAUCCAUAGAGACCUUAAAGCAAGCAAUAUUCUCCUUGAUAAAGAUUUGACCCCGAAAAUAUCAGAUUUUGGCAUGGCAAGAAUUUUUGGCGGGGAUGAGACCGAAGGAAAUACAAAGAGAGUCGUCGGAACCUACGGUUAUAUGUCUCCAGAAUAUGCAAUGGAUGGCCUCUUCUCUGUUAAAUCUGAUGUUUUCAGCUUUGGGGUUUUGGUGUUAGAAAUAGUAACCGGGAAGAAGAACAGGGGAUUCUAUUAUCAAAAUAACCAACUCAACCUUCUUGGACAUGCAUGGAGACUAUGGAAAGAAGGGAAGGGCUCAGAGCUACUGGAUCCAUCUGUUGGAGAAUCGUUUUCUCCAUCUGAAGUAAUGAGGUGCAUACAGGUUGGACUAUUGUGUGUCCAGGAGCAAGCAGAUGACAGACCAAAAAUGGAUACUGUGGUUUUGAUGUUAGGCAGCGAAAGCACAUCACUACCUCAGCCUAAAAACCCGGGAUUUUGUCUUGGAAGAAGACCUGUUGAUUCUGAUUCAUAUUCAACUAAUUAUGAAGAAACUUGCACUGUCAAUGAAGUUACAGUUACCAUGAUAGAUGGCCGGUAGUUGAUGGUAUCGCCCUCAAAAAGUGUAUAUUACUACAAGAGGUUCACAAUUUUCUCUUGCAUACUCUCUCUUUUUGUUUUUGGGUAAGUUUUGUGAAAGCUAAAGAGUAUAAUUAGGUCUUCUUUCCUAUUACAUUACAUACAGUUGUGAGUUCCAAAAAUAUCUCUUUUUGCAUCCAAUGUAACAGUUCAAUGAUUCCUUUUCCGUACCCUUGAAACUCAUUGUAAAUUACGGUGCCAUCAUUGAUGUGAUUCAGGUUAACUAGUUGUGCAUU